UAUUGAUUUCACUGCGUUUUUUGUCGUUGUGAGUGGAGUGAUUUUUUUUUAAAUUGCUUUAAAAAACAUGAGGCGGAUACAAAUGCCAAGACGUUGCAUUGUGAAUGGAUGUGGUGCAGUGUAUGGAAAGGUUAAAACGGGAUUUCAUCGUUUUCCUAUGGGUAACAUUGCGCGUGAGGAAUUUCGGCGAACGCAGUGGCUCGUAGCUCUAAGCAUGAAUCCUCAAAAUGUGGAUAAUUGCUACGUGUGUGGACAGCAUUUUCAUGGAGGAAAACCUGCUGCACCAAAUGCUAUGCAACAUCCAGAUUGGAUCCCCACACUGAACAUUAUGCGAAAUGACGACAAUGAUCAAUCUAACUAUUUCACAUUAUGCAAUAAUUUACCUGACAUGAAUAACAAUGGAGAUUGUGAACCUGCUGAGAAUCAGAUGUGCGACCCUUCAGAAGAAACAGUCCAAAUUCUGACGACCCCUGAAGACUACGAAGAGGAAUGGUUGGAUAACCCCACCGAAAACAUUACUGACGUACCCAACAUAAAUUUUACAGAUGAGAGUAUUUCAACUUGCACUUCAGAACACCCUUCUGUUCAGCGGAAUGAUAAUGCAACGGAUACAACAAUAUCACUUCACGAAAAAAUACGUCGGUACGAGGAGGUAAUGAGACAGCAGGCUGACGAAAUAAAUCAAUUGAAGAGAAUAAUUUCUAAACAACAAACAAUUCUCCAGUGCUUCAAUUAUGAUCUAGAUUCUUUCAAAAAUAACGACAGCAAAGUUAAACAUCUCACCGGCUUUACGAGUUUUGAGACUUUGGAAUUGGUAUUUCAAUUUGUUGAACCGGGAAUUUUGGUAUUUUCCGAUGUGUUGAGCAAAGCACAGGUGUUCAUAAUGGUGUUGAUGUACCUACGGCUAGGGCUAUGCUUCCAAACUCUAGCAUAUUUAUUUAGAGUGUGUCCAUCAACUAUUGCUAAAUACUUCUAUUCAGGCAUUUACUCAUUGUUUAAACAACUAAAAGGAUUAGUUAGAUGGCCAACUGGAGAAAUUAUCAAUUCCAACACUCCUCCAAAGUUUCACAAAUUGUACAAUGCUCCAAUCGCUGUGAUUCUGGAUUGUUUUGAGGUGUUUACUGAGAAACCAGGUGUUAAAGAUUCAAUAGUUAAAAUGUAUAGCUCAUACAAGCAUCACUACACAGUCAAAGAAAUGAUUGGUAUUACAUCUUUUGGAUCUAUAUCAUUCAUAUCCAAACCAUAUUCAGGAAGAUCUUCAGAUAAAUAUAUAACAGAAAAUUGUGGUUUUCUUGACAAACUCAUGGAGAAUGACAUAGUAUUAGCUGAUCGUGGAUUUACUAUAAGAGAGGCAGUAGAGCAGAGAGGAGCUGUUCUCAAGGUACCAGAUUCUGCUAGCAAAAAGCAGCAAAUGAGCUCAACUGCAGUUGAAAGGACAAGAGCUUUAGCCGCUGUUCGAAUCGAAAUUGAGCGUACAAUUGGAGCUCUAAGACAGAAAACUGGAAUACUAAGCACUCGGCUCCCAAUAACACUUCUAAAUCACGAACACAAUGGAGAAAAUGUAUUGAACAUGAUUGUAACGGUUGCUUGUGCGAUUUUUAAUCUUUGCCCUUCAAUUGUUUCGCAAAACUAGUGUAUGUUUCCCAUUUUUGUAGAUCUAGUUCUUAUCAAUAAGUUAUUUUUUUUAUUUAUGGAAUAAUUUGUAACUACCUUCAAUAUAGAGUACAUAAACUAAACUAUUCGACCAUUUUAAGUUUUCGCAUUUCUCCUAUAUAACGCCAAAACAAGACGCGGAGGGCUGAGUCUCAGAUACGAAGAUGUCAGUAUGUGUAUGUAACUAAAAGAUCGUACCAUUUUUUAUGACCGAGUUAUCUUCAGAAGAAAAGUUGGGAGUAGCCGUCGAAUUCAGAUCACACCGCGCGUUCGCUGGCUGUGUGCAAUCGAGGAAGAUGUGUAGGUGGCGGGCGUACAAGGAGACAUUAGAAUGGCGGCCCAAGAUCGAACAAGCUAGAACUAAAUUCGGUCAUGAUUCGGAUCACCCGGAUUACUCGACCACGAAAACGAUGUUAUCGAGCUUUAUUGGAAUUAAAAAUCUGAUUUCGGAGAAAUGGGUUGAUAA